GAGGGUCUCAAAAUUGGAAAGAAGGUAUUAUCCGUUUUAUGAACAUCGGGAAAAUGGAAGCGGGAAAUCUGCUUCGGUUAAACCAACCGCCACAACGACUUGUCCAUUCUCGUCGUUUCUCUCACAGACGAACUGUUACUCUUACUGUUAAUGCUUCUCAGGGAGAAAUUAGGUAUAGAGGGAUGAAGCCAAGGAGGGAAUGGAUAGCUGAUUGGGUAUCUAAUAAUGAUGAUUUGGUUCGGAGUAUGCCAAUUUAUGUGGGUGGAUUGUCUUUAUUGGCGGUUCUCUUCAAUCGUACUGUUUCUGGUAUUGCUCCGGUUGCUGAUGCUAGCAGUUCUCAAUCCAGAGCAGAUUUAUUGACACUUGGGUUGGCAGUCACCAACAUCUUGAAUGGUCUUGUUUGGCUUUCAAUCCGACCAAAAUCCAUAUCUGUGGUAAAUCCUAACGGUGUAGAGUGCCAAAGAAUAGCUUCUCACCUACCAGAUUUUGUUAUUUCUGAGCUGCUAUGGGCAUGGAAUUCUCUAUCAGAUGUCACAUGCUGCAGGUCUCUGGUCAUUGUUUAUGAUGGAAAAUGUAUCCUUCAAACUGGGUUUGCUGCUGCAUCUUUAUCUAAUGGAAGUGAUGCAGUAGCUGUGGACAGUAAUAAAUUGAUAGAAGGGUCACUUUACCAAGGAGUUUUAAAAUCUGCAUCACAGAGCUACUUGGCCAACUUAUCUCUUUAUCCUGGGAAGUCGGAGCUACCAUUUCUUCCUUCAAAUACACAGGCAGUAAUCUUGCAGCCUCUAGGAGACAAAGGAAUUGCCAUAAUUGGUGGUGAUACAAUCAGAGGAUUCACAUCUUCUGACCAGGCAUGGAUCACAUUGAUCGGAGAGAAGUUAGAUGCUACACUGACAAAAGUUAUUUGACAUUCAUAGUGGCAGUGCAAGAUGGAUGUUUCAAGAUAUUCUAACAGCAGUAUCUUAAGUUCAAGUGUUUGCCUAUAAUCAUGUCUACAUUCAAAGUGAUUUUCCUUCCUUUAGUUUAUGUUACACAGAUGGUCCACACAUUCUAGAAAAUACAUAUGUAUCAUCUCGACUCUUUUAUUUGGACUUCCUCUCCAAAAGGAGGAUUUGCAGUUUCAGCUUGUUUUUAUUUUCUACUGAAGUACACAGAAGUGUUCCCUACAUCUUUUAGAGGCAACCUUUGGCUAUUGUGAAAUAUAUCAUUUAUUGGUUCAUUUCA